ACCCUGAUAGUGAUGGUUUAAGUUCCGUCAUCGUUAUCUAUUGAGGAUUAAUUCUACAAAAUGAAUUCAAAUUAUAUGAGACUUCUCAUAUUUCUAGCCAUUUUUCAAGUUGUAUUGAUAUAUGCGGAAAUCGAAUCAACUAAAUCCACACUAUCCGACGAAUUGGAUCCUUUGCACGAUGUAGAAAACUCUGAACAUACAGUUAAAGAACAAGAAAAACGGACUGUAUUAAAUUUGCCAUCUAAAAACGUUGCUUGGGUGAAACAUACUGCAAUAAAACCCUCUACCAUUAAAUAUGUCUUAGGAUAUACACCCAUAAAUCUGAAACUGAAGCCUGUGCUACGACCAGUAGCUAUUAAAGGAUACCAUUACAAUAGACCACGAAUUCAAUUACAAAUAAAACGACCUAUCGUACAUAUUCCUCAGAUCAAACACGUUGAAACAGGGUGGAAACCAACAAUUUCUGUAGUAAAACCGGUUCCUGUUGCUGCUCCCGUACAAACGAAGCCAGUUCUUGUAGAGCAUGUACACGUUGAGUCAGCUGCUCAUGUAGAUCACAUACAUUCAAAUCCUGUGCCACAUGUAGAGCACGUUCAUAAUCAACCUGUUGUUCACGUGGAUCAUAUUCGACCAAUACACAUUAAGGACCAUAUUCAUCAUGUUACCACAGGGCACAUUGAUCAUCUACACCAUGUUGCUGCUGCUCCUCAACCAGUGCAUGCUGGUGUUGUUCAUACACCAUUUGUUCCUUCUGCGCAACUUUUUGAAGUUACCAAACCUGAUUUAGGCGUACUUCCAUUAGGUGCUGUAUUCCCAACAACUGCUUUAAAGGAAAUUCCAGCACCUCAAUUAGCGCCACAUCCAGUACAUCAUAUUCAUGCCCAACCGGGCCCACCAAUUGCUGCAGUUCCUCAUCCCAUACAUAUUCCAGUUCCACCAGCACAAAUUCCAAUUGCCUCAGUACCUUUCCAGGUUGCACCAGCACCAUUGCCGAUUGCACCAGUACCAGCCCCACUGCUUCCAACACAACUUCAAAUUCGUCCUGCUCAAAUUCCUAUUGCACCUGCACCUAUUCCAAUUGCACCUAUACAUAAUAUACAUCCUGUAGGAACGCUACAACACGGACAUCUUCCCGUUACACAUCUUCAUCCAGUAGCUCAUGCAGAAUCUGUUGGUCAGUUGCAUCAUGAUCAUUAUCAACCAAGCCAUUUUCAUGCAGAUCAGCCUCAACCAGCCGAUCAUUUACACGUUCACGGUGAUCACAAUCCAUUAGGACAUUUACAUCCAGUGGGUCACCAACAACCAGGCGGUCAAAUCGAAUACCACGGAAUCCAUUAUCUACAUUCAUUGGGACCUGAUCAACCCCCUACGCAACAAUUAUUACCAAAUCAUUAUCACCUUCAAUAUCCUCAAAUACAACACCACCAAGUUCAUUCGAAUGAAAUACCUAACGUUGGUAAUAAUAUAUAUCCAAAUCAACAGUAUCCACCUUUAGGUACCCAACCUCAAAGCUUCGAUGUAGCACAAAAUGAGUACCCUCAGCAGUCACCUCAAUUUAAUGGAUACCCUAAUCACUUUCAACCGGAACCUAAUAUACAAGAUCAUUAUCCUGACGUGCAAGAUCAAUAUAUCAAUACGCAAAACGAUAAUAGAUAUCAGCCUGCGCACCAAGUCAGCAAUCAACAAUUUUUUAGAGAAGGACAGUUCCAAAUAGGUAACCAAAAUGAAGAUCAAGGAUACGUUUAUCCUCAACCAUCGCACAAUUUUAUUCAACCAGGACAAACUGACUUGCAGUUUCCGUUACAUUUACCAAAUCAUCCCGGAUUUAACAGAGGUUAUGAACAAGAUCAUCAGCCGGAAGCAUCGCAACAACAAGAAAGUUUUAAACCAUCGAUACAACUGGAGCCACCAUAUAAAAAAUAAGUUUGAUAUGGUUUGAGUAUAAUUAAGAAGCAAAUAGUUUAUUAGGUAAUAUUAAAACAUAUUAAGGACAUGUCUUGAAUUAGAAUGAUGUUUAAAAUACUUGAAGAGAACAAACAAUAUUAUCUAUCAAAAAACAAAAUCUUUUUAAACAUAUUUCGCCCCUCUAUUAUUGCGGUUACAAGCUAGAGUAUAAUUUGUUAUUGUACAUAAAUUGUAUAUAUACUUUUGAUAGUUUCUUGUUAUAUAAUUUAUU